UUUCCUUCAAUCACACAUAGCCACUCCAACCUUUGCUUGUUUUUUUUUUUGUUGCCUUUUCUGUACAUCUAAGUCAUUUGGGAUUGACUCCUUUUUCCUCGAGGGGAUGCACAUCGGGGCUCAGUUUACAAGGAUGAAGAAGAUCUUCAAAGUUUUGGACGGUUUUACUGCCUCGUCACCGGUAGGCGGAGGUGCCGGGGUUGGCGGUGGAUCGGGCGGGGGCUGUUCGCUUUAUCCAUCCGGAUCGCUCGGAUCUGCCGUGUCCCCCAGGGAGGCGGAAAUACCGGAGAGUCUGACCUCUGAACAGUUCCAUGUUUGCAAGACUGUCCGGCACGGAUUUCCGUAUCAGCCCACUGCUUUAGCCUAUGAUCCGGUUCAGAAAAUUUUGGCAAUUGGGACACGCAAUGGAGGAGUGCGCAUACUGGGCCGGCCGGGCGUUGAUUGCCAUUGUCAGCAUGACAGCGGAGCAGCCGUCCUGCAUCUCCAGUUCCUCGUCAACGAGGGUGCCUUGGUCACUGCAUGUGCCGACGAGACUCUUCACUUAUGGAACCUGAGACAGAAGAGGCCAGCCGUUCUUCAUUCCCUUAAAUUUAACAAAGAACGGAUUACGUGCUGCCACCUGCCUUUCCAGAGUAAAUGGCUCUAUGUGGGGACAGAGAGAGGAAACACACACAUUGUAAAUAUCGAAUCCUUCGUUUUGUCUGGAUACAUUGUCAUGUGGAACAAGGCAAUAGAGCUAUCCACCAAGACUCAUCCGGGUCCGGUUGUACAUUUAAGUGACACGCCAAGAGAUGAAGGAAAG